AUGUCAGAUGAUGCAAAUAAAGCAGAAGAAAUAAAUGUAGCAAAGCUAGUUUCGGAUGUUUCAAAUACUUUAUCUGGAUUUAAGAAUCUCUUUAUUCCUACAGCCAGAGCUUCUGCAAUAGAAGCAGCAGCGACAGCAACACAUUAUGAUACCCCGGCUUCUAAUAUUUUUACUGGUAAUGUCUGCUUUAAAGCUUGUGGAAUGGAAGAUAUUCAAGCAGCUGCCCAGAAGGCAAGUGAACUAUUCGUAACCUUGCGGUACUGUAUUAUUACCAUAACACUAAUCGCCAUAUUUGGCAUUAUUUUACUCUCAUUAGCAAUUGGUUGGUAUCUAAUGAAAUCAAAGGUAACAACUACUAGUCUGGAAACAGAUUCAUCAGCUCAACAUAAAUUUGGUGCAACUUCCAUCCUCAAUAAUUACCGCCAUCACAAAAUUCCAUCACUAGUUGUGAAUGCAAAAAAUAUUAACAAAUAA